AUGGCUGUGACCAAGGAGCAGCUUAUCUCAACCCUUAACUCAAAGCUCAAUCCUUCUCAUCUUGAUGUCAUUGACACUUCCGGGGGAUGUGGUGCAAGUUUCAGCAUUGAGAUUGUAUCAGAACAAUUUGAAGGGAAACGGCUGCUUGAGAGGCACCGGCUCGUAAAUGCUGCACUCGUUGAGGAGAUGAAGCAAAUUCAUGCUCUUUCAAUCACAAAGGCCCUCACUCCAGAACAGUGGAGCCAGCAAGGGGCUCAAAAAUCUGCUUGA